AUGGCAAGCUCUACAUUAUCAGACAAGUACUUUCCAUUUCCGGAAAGCAUGUCACCGCUACCACCUUCUCUGAAAAAGGGAAUGCUAGUACCAGGAACAAUUGGUCUUUUAUCAGCUGCUUCAUCCAUCGGCAUGCUGCUGUUCAUUAUUUACCGGUUCUUGACAUGGCGUGCACAUUACAAGACGUUCGUUGGGUAUAACCAGUAUGUGGCGUUGAUCAUCAACCUCCUGGCUGCGGAUUUGCUACAAGGCGUUGCAUUCAUGUUUUCAUAUCAUUGGGUGUUCACUGAUGGCAUCGUUGCGCCUUCGGUGAAGUGUACCAGCCAAGGCUUCUUGCUCAAUGCAGGCAACCUGUCUUCCGGCUACUUUGUCAUGGCCAUUGCCCUACAUACCUUCUAUGGUGCUGUUAAGGGCCGCCAUCUCAAGCCCAUCAUCUUCUAUCCUAUUCUCGGCGGUGGCUGGUUCUUCGCACUCUUCUUAUCAGCAAUGGGACCCAUACUCCAUGGCAACCACUAUUACGUACGAGCUGGUGCAUGGUGCUGGGCUGCUCCUGAGUUCCAAACCGAGCGUCUGGCUUUCCACUACAUCUGGAUUUUCGUCGUCCAAUUCGGAACAGUAAUAAUCUACGUCCUGAUCUUCUGUCACUUGAAGAACACACUGACAACAAUCUUGCCAUCUUCACAUUCAACCACGCACGCCAAGGUCGACAGAGCUGCUCGACUGAUGCUCAUGUUUCCUCUCGCCUAUAUAAUUCUUACCCUGCCACUCUCCGCCGGACGUAUGUGGAGUAUGGCCCAUCACACCUAUACCGUACAUGAAGCCUACCAACUCGCUUCUGGCGCUCUGAUCGCCUGCUCCGGAAUGGUAGACUGCCUACUCUACACACUCACUCGUCGCUCACUGGUACAAUCGAACAACAACUCAACUGCCAACAAGAGCACCACAACAACCAGCAAUCUCGAUAGCUACGAUCUCUCUCGCCUCAACGGCAUAACACAAACCCGUACAGUGACCGUCACUGGUGAUCGCGUCUCAACUAUUUCCGGCCACUCUCAAAUCAGUGAAGACGACGACGCAUACUCCAUGCGCACCAUUUCCACCAGCCCGAAGAAGAAGCAUGGGCUUCGCGAACCCCCGCGCGCUCACUCUCCCACUAGCUCCAUUGACAGAAUCAUGGGUAUCGAAGGCUUGGAUCCCAGAAAGCCAGCACAUAAAGUCCAGAUCUCGACAUAUGAAGCCAGAGUCUCUGAAGACGUGGAUAGUUUGAGGGAUAGCGAAAGGUCGGAGUCGCCUGUCAAUGUCAUGAGAGGGCUUGCGAAAAUGGUCAAGUUGCCUAAUCUUGUGGACAGGAAGUAG